AAAAGAAUUGUAAUAUGUUCACACCUCACAACACCGCCCUUUCCCUUGAGGUAGAAAAACCAUUUCUACGUUUUCCUAUACAAUUGAUAGUGCCAUUUAGCAGAGGUAAUAUAUGUCUAAGCUCCUGCACCUCCCCGUUGUGGGCAUAGAUUCGAAUUUCAACAAUCGGGUUUGGAUAAUCUGUGCAAUAAAAUUUUCGUUUAUUUUUUUGUGAGCAAGAGCAUGAUUUGGACGGUUUUAUUGGGAGAUCAAAGGCUUGGAAACUUAAAGGAAGCUGAAGAUUUGAGAGAUGGCGAACGGUGCAGUGGAUUGUGCUGAGAGGGCGACGAGUGACAUGCUGAUCGGCCCUGACUGGGCAAUUAACAUUGAGCUUUGUGAUAUUAUAAACUCCAACCCUGGACAAGCCAAGGAUGCACUCAAGGUUAUCAAGAAACGUCUUGGAAAUAAAAACCCUAAAAUACAACUCCUUGCCUUAUUUGUACUUGAGACUCUAAGCAAAAACUGCGGAGAAAAUGUAUUUCAGCAGAUUGUUGAGCGGGACAUUUUGCAUGACAUGGUUAAAGUUGUCAAGAAAAAGCCAGAUUCGAAUGUGAGAGAGAAGAUUUUAAUCCUGAUCGAUACAUGGCAAGAAGCUUUAGGGGGGCCCCACGGAAAGUUUCCACAAUAUCAUGUUGCCUUUAAUGAGCUAAAG